AAUGCCUCCUUCAAAUUCAGCCGAAUCAGUAGAGAGAGACUCAUUUGUGACGAAUAAUGUAGCAGUGGUCCAAUUCCUUGCAGUCCUGUUCUGUUUUAUCUUUUAUGGAGAGAUAUAAUCUCAGUUGUGAUUGCAGUAAACUACAUUAUCGACCAACAUUACUAUUGGUUUGCAUUCCAGAUGCUAUUCUACUUCUCUUAUGCCAUAUUCCUUCUUUGGACCUCUAUCUCAUUCCUUGUUUACAUUGUAUUCUUUCAGGGCUAUGUUUGGCUCUGCAUGGAUGGAGAGGAUGAAUUUAAGAAUGAUUUAUGAAAAAUCUUUCGGAAGAAUACAUUCUUGAUUCCUCUCAAACAGUCUAUCUAUGAAUUUUGGCCAUUAAGCCCUUUGCUAGGAAUCAACUAUUUAAUUUCCCUCUGCUCAGAUAAAGAAAUAAGAGAUGGCAUCAAAGCUAAAGUCAAGAUUAGGCUUUAUAUUACUAUGAUGCAUGAAUUCAUUAGAUCUGGAGGCUCGAUCAUACUCCAAUCAUACUCUUUAAGAGAAGGACAUAAUAUAAAUAAAUACUUGAUGAUUGCAUCAAUAUCUAUCAAUUUUAUCUGUUUCUUAAAGUACAAGAUAAUCUAUUCCCUUCUAUCCAUAGAUAGUGCAAGUCAUACGUCCUUGUGGAGGAAAAUUUUGCACUUAACACUGAUGGUGGUAGAAGUUGGAGCAAUUCUUUCCUCAUUAAUUGCAAUUACUCGCUACGAUAAGAUAUUAGGCAUUUUGGCCUACUUUUCAGUAAUCUUUAUAAACAUCUGCUAUACCUGAUUGAUAGAGAGUCAAAAUGAAAAAGAUCAUUUCAAUGCGCAACAGAAGAAAAAGAAUGAAGAAAUUCUAGACAAAAAAGUAGAGUCUGAAGGAGACAAGAGUCAAGGAGAAAUUUCGUUUGUUUUCAAAGAAGGUAAAGGAAUUUAUAAAGACAAUGUUGUAAUUAUGAAGGAGUGCACAAUCAUGAUUCAUGAUUAUAUGUCUUUGAUAUGAAUUAAAGCUUUGAUGAUUAAGUCAAUGGCCAAUUGCAUGAUGGAACUUCUUCAGUUGGUAAAAAUAAGCAUCUUAAUUGGUUUCUGAUUAUACAUCUAUAUUUGAAAUGAAGAGAUAGAUGCUUUAGUUUCUGCUUGUCUGAAUCUCAUCUUGGUUGUAUUGCUGAUUGCUUAUUUCUUUGCCUCUGCAAAAGAGAAACUAGAAGAACAUGAAAAAGAAGAAUAUAUCAGAGAAAAAAUUGGUACAAUGAAUAGAGAGUUUACAACAAAAAUAGAAGGCAAUUCUCAACUAUCUUCAAAACAGUUUGAGGAAAGUUCUGAGGAGGAAAAUAAAUAUGGGGAUGUAGAUGGAGAUGAGCCAGAUCCAAGUUAAACAAAGAAAGGGAUCAUGAAUGAUUCAUAUUUGAUAAAUUUUAAGUCCAAAAAUCAUAAUUCUACUUUAA